AUGAAUUUAAUAAUACUCGUAACGACACUACUAUUAAGUUUGUGGCAAACUUACAAUUAUGUCAAUUGUAACAAUCAUUUAUCAUAUAUUCAACACAUCAAUCACACCGCACAGCCCUCACAAACGUCCGGUGCCGCACAGGCACCGAGUUUUGCCAAAUCUUAUCCAUCAAAAUUAGGUGAACCACAAGAAUCAAUCAUAGGAUUAGAUAACAUACAGUUGCCUCACUUCAUGGAUCCGAUGGAUGGCCUCAAUCUUGUCGAGCACGUGGAGACACUGCCCAAUUGGGGAACGUUUGGUCACGAACCGAAACAACAGGUACUAAUCAAACCGCCGCCACAAUUGCUAUCGGUUCCAGUGGCCAGAGAUAUCCUAUUUUCGUCGGACGGCAAAUACGUACCCUUUGAUAUCGACCACAAAAAUAUUUACCGCCAUUAUCUACGAUCCGAUUUGUAUCUACUGGACUGUCAAAGUUAUGCCGACAAACCCGAAACACCGGCCAUUAUGAUGGAAGACUUGCACGAGGCGUUCCGUUACGCCGAUUCGGCCGUCCAAUGGUAUUCACAGACUAUACAAUCGGCUUCGGCCGGAUCAACAACAAUGGACCGAUACGGUCGCCGACGUCCAGCAAAGUCUCCAACACUGCCCAAUGGUGUACUGCCGGCUAAAUUUUUGGAGUAUACCUCCCAGUUCUUGUUGUCCAAGAAGUGCAUCAGUAAAUAUGAUGCGUCGGCACUGUUACCCAAAAUAGACGUCCAAAAAGUGCUGCUCCAGCGCUACCGCAAUAACGACUGUUCGAGUGCCGUAAUGUUGGCCUGCGAUCCGAACGCCCGGUUCCGUACAAUAGACGGUUCGUGCAAUAAUCUACGCAACCAAAACUGGGCCCGAGCUAACUCAUGCCACCGACGGCUACUGCCGCCCGACUACGCCGACGGUAUCGAAGUACCGCGUGUAGCCCACGACGGCUCUGACCUCCCAAAUGUACGAUUACUAUCCAAUCAUUUGUUACCCGACAUUCCCAUUGCCGACAACAAACUGACAUCGAUGACCAUGGCUUUCGGCCAGUUUAUUGUACACGACAUUGCCCGUACGGCACCGUUUCCUGGAGAAAUACAGUGCUGUCCCGGUGCUCAAGCUAGACAUCCCGAAUGUAUACCCAUAGAACCGUUACACCAUGAUGACUUUCUAUUCCAGGCCUACAAUCAGACCUGUAUCAAUUUGGUCCGAUCCACUAUUUGCAAUCCAUGCAGCUUAGGACCACGUGAACAGCAAAAUCAAGCGACACAAGUGUUUGAUAUGUCACAGAUAUACGGUCUCAAUGCCAAUGAAUCGUUUCAAUUGAGACAAUUGGAGGGAGGUAAAUUGACUGUUAUGUUGGACGCUCGCCAACGGGAAACCCUACCGCCAGCCCAAACAAAUCCCGACUCUAGUUGUAAUAUGAGACCAUCGGCUCCGAGAUUCCGGUGUUUUCAGAGCGGUGACGGUAUCCGAGCCUCACAACACCCGGCACUUCAGUCACUGCACGUAACGUUUCACAGACGCCAUAAUCGUCACGCCGAGGCACUGGCCUCUGUAAACCCCCAUUGGGACGAUGAACGCCUUUAUCAGGAGUCCAGACGACUAUUGAUUGCCGAAGAAAAUGCUAUCAUUUAUGGUGAAUAUUUGCCGGCAAUUAUGGGCAAAACAUUGACCAAACACUUUGAUCUGGACGUCCAGUACUCGGGUCACACCACAUACGAUCCGACUACCAAUCCGUCCACUAUUCAGGAGUACAUUGUGGCCGCCGGCCGUUUUGGUCACUCGCAGAUCAACGAAAUGUUUAAAGUUUUAUUGGGCGCCCAGUCCUACAGUUUUCUGCUAAGAGAAAACUUUUUCGAGCCCACGGCUGUCAGUUUGGGUCACACUGGAGGCAUAUUGAAAGGUCUGGUCUCAGACCCGACGGCAUCGAUGGACCCGUUUUUUACGGGUGACGUCAAAAACUUUCUCUACAAAAGUCGGACAGAAAACUUUGGCAGAGAUUUGCCGGCGUUUAACAUACAGAGAGGCAGAGAUCACGGAGUUCCCGGUUAUGCCUAUUAUCUUGACUACUGUUUCGGUUUUAAAGUAAAAUCCUGGAAUGAUUUGCUGACAUUUAUACCGAAAAAACAAUUGAAGAAAAUCCAGACAUUUUAUAAACACUGGCGAGACAUUGAUUUAUUUGUCGGCGGAGUAUCCGAGCGCCGGAUAUCGGACGCCGCAUUUGGGCCGACAUUUGCCUGUAUUAAUGGCAUUCAGUUUUAUCAUUUUAAGUUUGGCGAUCGUUUCUACUUUGAGCACGGCUACCAACCCGGCUCAUUUAGUCAAGCCCAAUUGGAUAACAUCCGCAAGUCGGCCAGUCUGGCCAAUAUCAUCUGUAAGACAUCGAUGGACGUCCACGCGAUUCAGCCCAACGUGUUUUUCCACGCCUCGCCCCACAACCCGCUGAUGCCGUGUCAGGCGUACCCCGAGAUUGACUACUCGCUGUGGGCCGAGAGUCCAUAUCCAGCAUCGUAUCAUUUAUAA